AUGCUGGGCCCAGUCCUUUUUAACAUCUUUAUCAAUGAUUUAGAUGAGGAGAUUGAGUCCAUCAUCAGCAAAUUUGCAGAUGACACCAAGUUGGGAGGGAGUGUCGACCUGCCGGAAGGCAAGAGGGCUCUGCAGAGGGAUCUGGAUAGACUUGAGAGAUGGGCUGACUCCAAUGGAAUGAAGUUCAACAAGGCCAAGUGCCGGGUCCUCCACUUUGGCCACAACAACCUCCUGCAGUGCUACGGGAUGAGGACAGAGUGGCUGGAGAGCAGUCAGGCGGAAAGGGACCUGGGGGUGCUGAUUGACAGGAAGCUGAACAUGAGCCAGCAGUGUGCCCAGGUGGCCAAGAAGGCCAAUGGGAUCCUGGCCUGGAUCAGGAAGUGUGGCCAACAGGAGCAGGGAAGUGAUCCUUCCCCUGUACUCUGCACUGGUGAGGCCACACCUCAGUAUUGUGUUCAGUUCUGGGCCCCUCAGUUCAGAAAGGAUAUUGAGGUGCUGGAGCGGGUCCAGAGAAGAGCAACUAGGCUGGUGAAGGGACUUGAGCACAAGUCCUAUGAGGAGAGGCUGAGGGAGCUGGGGUUGUUUAGUCUGGAGAAGAGAAGGCUUAGAGGCGACCUAAUCACUCUCUUCAACUACCUGAAGGGAGGUUAUAGCCAGGCGGGGGUUGGUCUCUUCUCCCAGGCAACCAACAAUAGGACAAGGGGACAUGGGCUCAAGCUCUGCCAGGGGAGGUUUAGGUUAGAUGUUAGGAAAAUUUUUACAGAGAGGGUUAUCAGGCAUUUGAACGGCCUACCCAGAGAGGUGGUGGAUUCACCAUCCCUGGAGGUUUUUAAAAAGAGAUUGGACAUGGCCCUUAGUGCCAUGAUAUAGUAAUUGGAGUUGGAUCAGGGGUUGGACUUGAUGAUCUUGGAGGUCUUUUCCAACCCAAUCGAUUCUAUGAUUCUAUGAUUCUAAUGCUUUCAUUCCUACUGAAGGAAUUAAUCAGCAUUUCCAUUGAGACAAGGCAACUGAGACAAGGCAACAGACAAUGCGUUCCUCUUUCUAGUCCAUCACAAUGCAAAAUGAAACCAUAAAAUGGAAUUUGCAAACCCCUUUUUAAUUUUUUUUUUAACUUCAGUAGACUUGGAGAAUACACAGUGCCAGGGACUAUUUCAGACAGUUUUUGUCUAUUACUAGAUAAAAAUGAAAGUCACAAGGUUUGUAACUUCAAGGUGACUUCUAACUACAGAAUGAAAAAACACAUUUUCACCGAGAUCUCUUAAAUUUAUAAAGCCAUUCAGCUCUGAAAUCUGAUUAACAGGAGGCAUUUAUCUCCACAAGUUUGCUUCACAGAUUUAAAACAAAACAAAAUGGAUCUUCUUGACCUAUUAACAUUUUGAUUUCUGAAGUAUGACUUAAAACCAGUCAGUAGCCAGUGUGGUAUUGCAGCACUGAGGUGAAGGAUAUGAUUAAUCUUGUUUCAUGCGUUCACAUAAAAUAAUGUAUGUCAAAGGCAACAUCUUCACCAAUUCGCAGCAGUAGCAGCUAAUGAACACACAGACACUUCCAGACAAGUAAACUUUUCAAAUGAUGUUGUGUUAAGCUUCAGGUCUGCAGGAGGUGACAUGAAAAUGAAGUAAUUAAUUAUGUUUCAUGCAACAGAAGACAGCUUUUCAGAUAGUAAUGGGAAGAAACGCCACCUAUUUUCUUACAUGUCCAAAAAGAUUAAAUGCUUUUUGUGCUAAGGUAGCAUCUCCACCAACAGCAACGCAUUAUUCUGUUAUC